GGUUCCUGCUCUGCGGGCACCUCAUCAGUCACAUCUCUGUUUGCUGCGUCGGCACGGCCCCACUCGUAAACCUGCGGUCCUCGUCAUCGCUGAUAAGACCCUUGUUCCGCUUCUCCGCAACGCCCUUGCACCACCCUCACCACCACAAGGCGAACACCACCUCUCGAAUUUUUCUCACGAUGCGCUCAUCUUACCUUUCGCUCACCUCGGCAGCGGUCGUAUGCGCCGCUGCCUUGGCUCGCCAAGUCUCUGGCGGUGUAACGCCACCUCUGGACUCUCUGCGUGGUCCUGCGGAAGAGCUGCAAGUGGACGCCAUGGGUGGAAUGCACUGGGCGAGCGAGAAGCUGGAGCAGGCCAAGCAGGCAGUUGGCGCUUCUCCCAAACCUUUGAGCAGACCCACCUUCGAGGACCUGAACGUGUCUGAGCUCGAGGAGCAAGCUCGUCCGGUGACGGAAUGGCUCAAGGAGCAGCUCAUCGAGGCCCAAAGCUCAACCGAGCAAGGCGCCGAGAUGCUGUUUGACGAGAUCCAUCAGCAAAUCGAGCACGCUAAGCACAAGGUAGAGAAUGCGUUCAAGAACGCCAAGCACGACGCUCAAGGCUGGAUCAGCAAAGGGCUCGUCAGCGUUCAAGGAACUCGAUACGAGCGAUUGGUUCACCACCAAUUCCCUAGAUACUCGCUCCGCAUCAGUCAGACGCCCUUGGACCACUGCGAUCCCGACGUCAAAUCUUUUGCGGGUUAUCUCGACAUUGAUGCGGACAAGCAUCUUUGGUUCGCCUUUUUCGAAUCGCGCAGCAACCCCGCAAAGGACCCCGUCACGCUUUGGCUGAACGGUGGACCUGGAUGCUCUUCCUCGACUGGCUGGCUGAUGGAGGGUGUAGGCCCUUGUACCAUCGACAAGAAUGGCACUGACACCAAGUACAACAAGCACUCGUGGACCUCAAAGUCCAGCGUAUUUUUCUUGGAUCAGCCUGUCAAUGUCGGCUUCUCGUACAGCGAAGGUGGAGGAGUGAACAGCACUCCGCAAGCUGCCGACGAUGUAUAUGCUUUCCUGUCCCUAUUCUUCGCUCGCUACCCUCAGUACUCCAAGCAGCCCUUUAGCAUCGCUGCAGAGAGCUACGGUGGACGCUACGCUCCCCUGUAUGCCGCCAAGAUCAAUGAGGAGAACAAGAAGCUGGCUCGCAGCAGAUUCGCCAACCCUGACACCAUCGCUACCAAGGUCAUCAAUCUCGAAAGCAUUCUGCUCGGCAACGGUCUUACUGAGCCUCAAACGCAGUUUGAGACCGUUCCAGAGUACGCUUGCAAGGGCGAAUACGCCAUCUUCAAAGGCAAUUCCGAGGUGUGCGAUAAGCUCGAGUCUAAAGCCAAGACGUGCUCAUCUCUGAUCGGCUCAUGCUACAAGAGCAAUUCGCGCCUGGCUUGCCUUCCCGCCGCUUUGUACUGCUGGUCUGGCCUCUACGGCGAUAUGCAGAAUGCGGGUGUGAACCCGUACGACGUCAGAAAGAAGUGCGACAGAAGCGAGGACAAGGACGGCCCUCUUUGCUAUCGUGACGAAAGCUACGUGCAGGCGUUCAUGAACCUCGACUCUACGAAGAAGGCAUUUAGCGUUCCCCAGGACAUCAAGUUUGAGGCUUGCAACAUGGAGGUCAACCAGGCAUUCAUGUUCCAGGGAGAUGGCAUGCACAACUCUGCUGCGGUUAUCCCUGGACUGAUCGAGGACGGCGUUCGCGUUCUCGUCUACGCUGGUGUGGCAGACUACAUGUGCAACUACAUUGGAAACGUCGGUCAUAGCGCUUGGGGCCUCAAGCUCGACACUCCCUUCAAGGACGAGCUGAACGCCGCCAAGAAGCAAGAGUGGAAGGUUGACGGCAAGGUUGCUGGUGCUGUUCGUCAAGCAGGCAAGGGUGCCGGAACCUUUACCCUGGUCGAGGUCAAGGGAGCCGGUCACAUGGUCCCCUACGACCAGCCUCUUGCAGCUCAGGUGCUCUUCGAGAAGUGGCUCGCCAACGAGUCUCUGAUCUGAAGCACCCUCUGACGGCCAUCACGAUGCACUCCUGGGAUCUUUAUCCUCAUCUCGAGAAGACAUCGAUACAUUGUGCCGCUUCACGACUGACCAUUGAUCUCAAUGCACCCUGGCUUCCCGCAUUCGCGUUGCAGACGGUGGUCCGCAAGAUUGUCAUGUCCUACCAAUGACUGCUCGAAAUACACGCGUUCGUAGAGAAACGAUUUGUGUUCUCCCGAGCUCGGCCGCACCUUUGUGGCCUGAUUCGCGCUCGUGGCGGUGCUGAGCAGUGAAAGCCGAAACGCGAAUGAGC